AUGGCCACCAUCCCAAGCACCAUGAAGGCCCUCGUCGCCGUCCGCGACACCCCCUCCGCCUCCGUCGCCUCCUCCGCCCCCGGCCGCGGCGCCACCAUCCAGGACGUGCCGGUGCCAGCCAUCGCCGACGACGAGAUCCUCGUCAAAGUCAGCGCCGUGGCCCUCAACCCUACCGAUUUCAAGCACAUUGACCUGCUCUCGCCCGCCGGCGCCGUGAUUGGCUGCGACUACGCCGGCGUCGUUGCCCAGGUCGGCAGCGCCGCCACCGGUGCCUGGAAGGUCGGCGACCGCGUCGCCGGCUGGGUCCACGGCGGGCUGUACCCGGACCGCGGCAGCUUCGCGCAGUACCUCAAGGUGGACGCGGACCUCGCGUGGAAGGUGCCCGAGGGCGUGUCGGACCUGGCAGCGUCCACGUACGGCGUGUCGGCCUCGACGGCCGUCCUCGGCCUCAACAAGCACCUGGGCUUGCCCUGGCCCGAGGCCGCCGCUGCGCCGGCCGCCGCGGGCGGCGAGCCCUUCCUGGUGUACGCUGCCUCCACCGGCGCGGGGCUGUUCGCCGUGCGCCUGGCCAAGCUGGCCGGCCGCACCGUCGUGGCGACGGCGUCGCCGCACAACUUUGACCUGGUGCGGCGGUACGGCGCCGACGCCGUCUUCGACUACAAGUCGCCCACCGCCGCCGCCGACAUUCGCGCCGCCUACCCCUCCCUGAAGCAGGCCUUUGACGGCAUCUCGGAGAACGGCACCACCGAGUUUUGCGCCAGCGUCCUGCAGCCCGGCGGCAGCGUCGUCGUGCUGCUGCAGCCCAAGGCGACCGAGAUUGACGGCGUCAAGGUCCAGCACAUUCUCGCCUACACACUCUUUGGCAGGGAGUUUCACCUGCUGCCGCCAAAGGGCCCCAAGUUCCCCGCCAACGCCGAGGACCGCGCCGUGCUGGCCCGCUUCUUUGCCCUGCUGCCCAAGAUUGUCGGCGAGCUCGAGUCCAUCCCGAUCAAGGAGCUGGCGGGUGGGCUCGAGGGCCUGGGCGAAGGCCUGACUCUGUUGCGCGAGGGUAAGGUGUCGGGCACUAAACUCGGCUAUAAGCUGGAGUAG